AUGGGAGAAGCGUUUUAUAUAUUUUUUUGCUUGAUUGGAUUUUUAUGUUCAAUUAUACCAUCUAUUUGGCACUGGAAAUAUCGAAAUGUUGCACCUUUAUGUCUUAUUUUUUGGGUAUCUUCAACUAAUUUAGUAUAUUUUAUCAAUUCUAUCAUAUGGUAUAAUGGAUCUGAAACAUCAUAUCGAGGCGAUCUAUAUUGUGAUAUUGUAACUAAGCUUAUUCUUGGAUCAGUUACUGGGGAAUUAGGUGCUACAGCUGCUAUUACACAUUAUCUUUCAAAAAUCAUGAAACCUUCAUAUUCAUUUUUACAGUCUAAAAUAACUCGUAGAAAUCAAGCAAUAGAAGAUCUUCUUUUUAGUUUUGGACCACCUAUUAUGAUAAUGUCUUUACAUUAUAUCGUUCAGCCAGCAAGAUAUGUAAUUGAUGGAACCAGUGGGUGCAUGCCAUGGACAGAUCGAUCAUGGUUAGCUGUGGCUAUUGUUUUAUUAUGGCCUCCUGUAUUCGGUAGUAUUAGUGCUUAUUAUUCAGUUAAAGUAAUUAUUUCAUAUAUCAAAAAGCGAAAUGAAUUUCAAACUGUUUUAAAAGAUUCAAAAACAUCAAUGACAUUAUCAAGAUUUAUACGUCUUAUAGGCUUAUCAUCUCUAAUAAUAACCAUUUACUUACCACUUAAUAUUUACUUGUUAAUUGCAAAUAUAGCUGAAAUUAUUAGAAGCAAUAUUAAAUAUUCAUGGUCACAUGUUCAUAAUUGGAGUUCUAUUAUUUUUUAUGUUUCAAAAAGCAAUAUGCCUUUUAAUCGCUGGCUUUCACCAUCUAGUGGUAUUAUUAUUUUCAUCUUUUUUGGCAUGGGCAGUGAUGCAAUAGUCAUGUACAAAGAAAUAGCAAAAAAACUCUACAUUACUCAUUUUUUUCAUUUUAUUCAAAGGAAAAUUUUUAGAAAAAAAACUCAAGAUAUCAAAGACGCAGAAAAUUAUUAUAAUAGCUAUAGUUUUGAAAAAUCUUUAGGCAGGUAA